UUGCCUUCUUGGGCCUUGCAUCUUCCGCACUGUGGGUGGCCUGUCCGAGGCUGCCAGCGCUAAUUACGACUUCGCGAUUGUGGUAUGUUCUGGACGCAUCAUUAGGAGGUCAUAUGUUUUGCACUGCUGCAUUCCUGGCACAUGAUGAUUUUGACAAGAUAAAUAAAACAGUAUUCGGCGCGAGAUGAAAACAAUCAUUCAUUAUGCGAGCACUCCUUGUGCAAACUGCUGUGCGUUUUUGAAACAAAUCCCGGCAGUCUCCGAAUCGUUUGCAGAACAUUUGGCAGGAUAUCACUCCUGAAGAGUCUCUUUCCGAUAUAGUACCUUUCUUGUGAGGCCAGUGGACAGGAGCGUGCACAGUUGAGCGAAUUCUAAAGUAGACCGGCCGAGCAACGCGGCUUGGGAAUGAAGGGCUUCCUUGUAGCCCUGUGGCUUCAGAUGGCAGCCGUUAGCGUGCUCCAGGCACGAUAUGGACACGCACUGGUCGGAGUCGGCGUGCGGGACACGUUCUUUCUGGAACUACCUAGUCGCAAUGUGCGGCAGCUGGACGUCUUGCCCGAUGCCAAUAGCACAGUUCUUUACAUUGACUCGGCCCUGGACAAUCUGAACGUGAUGAACAACGAUUGGAUAUAUGGUUCAUUUGUCAGCUGCUAUGAGAGCGCCCAGCCACCCAUGAGCGAAGCCGAAACUGAGCUAGCACCGCAGCCGUUGCAGUUCAAUGAAGUUUCACAAGUGGUGGGUAUCAAUCACGUGCACCGUAAGAAUCAUCCCGCCAGGCCCGACUGUUCGCUGCCAAUCGUGGCCGAAAACCCCGUGACCAAUCUUACAGCACGCCUAGACGGUGAGCUGUGCCAGGCCGACUUAUCAACUGGUGCCGUUGUUGCCGGUGAUUAUGACAACGAUGGACAUGUCGAUCUUUACUUCACGGUUCAUAGCGGUCCCAGCCGCCUCUACCGUAACAAAGGUGACGGCACUUUUGAAGAUGUGAGUGUACGCACAAGGAUUGGUCCAAAGAAGUUCGCCAGUGGCGCAGUGUUUGUUGACGUGGACGAUGACGGAGACCUCGAUCUGUACGUGACUACGCUGGGUGACACACGCCAUUAUCUCUACAUCAACCAUCACGGCGGACUCUUCUUCACCGAAGAGGCUGAGAUGAGAGGAGUGUCGUUACGCCGACCAGAUGGCCGUGUUCUAUCUGGAAUGACACCUAGCGCCGGGGAUUAUGACCGUGAUGGCUUCCCAGACAUCUAUGUCACCGAGUGGCUGUAUUCCUAUGUUGCUCAGCCAGCUGCAUCACUUCUGCUGCACAACAGGGGAUCUCGAAUGGCAGGCUACUUUGAGGAUGCCACCCAGUCGGCUGGAUUGGCGUCUGCUAUUGGCAGUUCAAGUCAGCGAGGAACGUUCACAUUCUGCUCUUCUUUCACUGAUAUGGACAAUGACGGCUGGCAAGACCUAAUCAUCACUGGGGACUUUGGAACAUCCAAGGUCUUCUGGAACAACCAGAACGGCACAUUCACGGAGUGCACAGAAGCGUGUGGUAUUACCGUCAGUCCCGAUGCUAUGGGCCAUGCUAUUGGCGACUGGAACAUUGAUGGUGUAAUGGAUUGGUGGAUGACGGCUAUCCAUGAUCAAUCCGACUUUGAUUGCAAGUCAGCUGGCUGCAAGUUCUCAACAGCCGGCAACAUAUUCUACGCCAACCAGGGAAACAGAAGACUGCAAGAUCUGACUACUCAUGUUGGAAUACGCAAAGGUUUCUGGGGCUGGGGCAACUCCAUGGUCGACUUCAACAAUGAUCGCUGGUUAGACUUCAUCAUGACUAAUGGGUUUGAUGAUGCUGCCGCGACCACAGAUGACAGGUUCCGUGACCAGCCGAUGAGGCUUUGGGAGAAUCUGGGCCCAGAGAAAGGUGGCAAAACCAUUGAGUCCUCCAGCAAAUACAACAUCGAUUCCACCCAUUCGGGACGUGGCUUGAUCAAGGUGGAUUAUGACAACGAUGGAGAUGAGGACAUCAUUGUAGCCAGCAACGUCGGACAUCCAGCUGUGUUUCGAAAUGAUGGUGGAAAUCGCAACAACUGGAUCAAAGUAAAAGUUAUGCGAAGGUGCACUGACAUGGUACGACAAUGUCAUGUACUGGGCAGCAGAGUACAAGUCACUUCACAAGAUGGCAUAACACAGACCCAGGAGAUCGGCUCUGGAUCGCACUUCAUGGCGCAGAACGAACUGACGGCUCACUUUGGACUGGGCGCCAGCCAAUCAGAUGUGACGAUCAAAGUGACAUUCCCCAACCAGUUCAGUGACACGACGUAUACCAAUGUCUCGGUUAACAGGCUGGUGAGGAUCAUGGCACCGCCCAGUUUCUUCAGCCACACCACGCUGCCAUAUUCUAACCUGGACCAAUGCCAAAACGCCAUCAUUGUCAAUGUAACUCAGCCGGAAAUCGGAUCAACGCAUGUGAAUCCUGGAGGCAGAAGUAUCAAGUAUGAUGUUGACGGAGAGGAAUUGCUAGAGCGACUGGAGGAUCCCGCAAACCGGAAUGAGAUCAAAUUCUCCUACAAGAUUGCCCUGCACCCCCCGCACACUAGUGAGAAGGCAGCGCCAUCGCUCUCUGGAAACGUAGUCAUGUACUACAUCAACGCUGCAACUAUGGGUACCCGGACGGAAUGUGCACGUGAUGGAAAUAACAUUGGUAAUGCGCCACAGCCAGAUAUCGGUGCACGACCAUUCAAUGCACAUAGCAACAAUCUCGACAACACACUUUGGGGUUCAUCCAGUCGUGUGCUUCGUCGGGACUUUCCAUCAGCAUAUUCAGACGGAAUUGACAGCCCGGCUGGUCAGUGUCCACACGCGACAUCAGCCGCAAUUUCUGAAAGCCCUGCGCAAUCACGUUGCCCAUUCUCCAAUGACUUUCUCGGAUCUGGCUCAACGCGCCCAUCUCCACGGUCGAUCAGUAAUGCAAUCUUUGCUCAGGAUCAUUCUUUGUACACUGAACUUGGCCUGAAUGAUCUGCACACGCAGUAUGGACAGUUCAUCGCGCAUGACUUGGACUUCACAUCGCCCCUGCCUACUACUGAUCCUGGACCUACUCGGACUGGAUUGUGGCUUCCAAUACCCGUUCCCAAGGGAGACCUCACAUUUGAUGUGUAUGACGAGGGUGGCAAGUACUUGCCAUUCACCAGAUCAAUCUUCCAACAGAGCUGUUCUGGGAAAGAACUGUCAAGAUCCAGGGAGCAAGUCAACAAGAUCACAAGCGUCAUCGAUGGUAACAUGGUCUACGGCUCUUCAAAGGAGCGGAAUUCUUUCCUAAGAAGCCAUGUUGGUGGCGAGAUGCUUGUUCAGUCGACUCCGCAUGGGGAUAUGUUACCACUGAACAACUUCAGCAUAUCCAACGAUAACCCCGUCGGUCGUAAGGGAGACAAGCUGCUGGUUGCUGGAGACACGAGAUGCAAUGUCCAGCCUGGCUUGAUGGCCCUGCACACUCUGUUUGUCAGAGAGCACAAUCGCCUGUGCCGUCGCUAUCGAGCGGCGCACCCCAAUGCAAGCGACGAGGAAGUCUUCCAGUAUGCCCGGCGCAUUGUCAUAGCUGAGCUGCAGGCCAUCACCUACCGUGAAUACCUUCCCGCCAUAUUUGGCAGGGACGUGCCUGCUUACACUGGCUACAAGGCAGACGUUCAGCCCGAAGUGAGCAAUGUGUUUGCCACCGCAUCUUUCCGAUUUGGACAUUCUCAAGUCAACACCCAUCUUUGGAGGCUCACCGAGGAUGGCUGGGUAGCGAAAGGUGGUCAUCUGCUGUUGAGAGAGGCUUACUUCGCUCCGGAACGAUUGUUGCGCAACGGUGGCAUGGAACCUUUGCUUCUAGGAUCAAUUUUCCAACGGGCUCAGAAGGUGGAUUCGAAGAUGAUCGAUGAGAUGAGGAAUUUGCUGUUUCCGCGCGAUCACCGCAACCGCCACCCGGGUAUGGAUCUAGCAUCAUUGAACAUUCAGCGUGGUAGAGAUCAUGGUCUGCCAGACUACAACACAGUCCGAGAAGGCCUGGGAUUGCCAAGAGUUGCCUCAUUCGACGAGAUCUCACAUGAUCCACAGGUGGUUGCGGCGUUGAGCUCAGUCUACCCGACAGUAGACGAUAUUGAUGUGUGGGUUGGUGGGCUUGCUGAGGAUAAGAUGCACCGCGAAUCGGCAGUGGGGCCGACUUUCUACCGGAACCUGAUGUCGAACUUCUUGCGAGUUCGUGACGGUGAUCGCUAUUGGUACGAGAACAUCAUGACACGACAGGAAAUAGAGGAAGUUGAGAGCAUGACAAUGCUUGAAGUUAUCCGCAAGAACAGCGACGUCAAGGCGCCGAGGGCCCGCCACUCUUUCUAUUCGCCAUCUCACUGCCGCGCCGUUGUCAACCACCGGUGCCGUCGGGUGAUGCUGCAGACCUCAGCGGAAGAGGACGUGUCGACGCCAGCACCCCCUAGCCAUACUUCCGCGCCGCCAGCGCAGUAUUUGCCGCCCAUCCACAGAGCUUGUCAGGAGAAUGCAGUCACAAAGCGCACUCUCAAGCGGGCUAUCAGGAAGCGGCAAACAGUGCUGAUUGGUGGCCUUCAAGGUGUUGUGUUCAAUGGGUCAUCAGACAUUGACGUAGUGCUACGCUUGCAGAGCACUUACAGCCUGGAGCCACAGGGUCUGUACCGAGUGGGGGACACAGUUACAACACCCUGGCCUGUGCACAGGUGCCACUGUAUUCCCGUGCAGACGCGUGGCUACGUCGCCAUUGCCAACCAGCGCGGCAUCCGCACUGUCUAUGCCGUUACCAAUGACUACCAGUCGGACCUUGUCGAGGCAUUCCUUGCAUGGCUGGAGCCGUUUCGGCAGAAGGCACUGAGCACCAGUCCAUGAUCAAAAUAGGCAUGUUGAGUGUCAGCAUCAACCUCCAGUAUGGUUCCAAAUGUCGUACUUUCCGACUCCUCGGCAUCUUGGCGGUACAUUGGUGGACAACUACACAAACUAUUACACUAAUAGGCCGUCAUUCCUAUUCCAGUGACACUACUUUUUCAUACACUGUAGGUCAUUUCAUUCCUGUAAGAAUAAUUAUAAUUAUAUUGCACACUACUAAAACGUGCAACCCAUAGUUAGAUCAUUGAUUUCUGCAGGCAAAGAGUAUUAGCACUUUACGAUUGCGCGUUUAGGAUUUUUUUAAUAAUCCCGGAAUGCCGAGCAGUCUCCUUUCUAUUUCUGCUUUCAAACGGAAGGCUCACUACACAUCACAAGAAUACACACACACACUUCGCAUACAAAUUUCAGCUGGACACAUCAGCGCUUUAGGAAACCUUAGCAGAUUAUAUUGAGCAGUGGCCCUAAAUUGGACAUACAAAUAUUCACUUGAACACUUUCUUUCUAAUGCUCUAUGCUAUAUAUUUGGGAUAUUGCUGAUGAACUCGCAAAUAUAUUUCGUACUAUUGCGUA